AUGGGAGCUUCACAAUCCAAAAACUUAGCUAAAGCUUCAAAAGCAGCAUCUUUGUCUGCUUCAAACACUGCGCGCAAAUACCCAACUCGAAGUCCGCCUCCUUCAUCUUCCCGUACAAAUGUAGAACCAAAUCGACCAAAUCCUGCAGCAAAGUUAGGACCAUCUGUUCAUCCUGAUACAAGCUCCUCUUCGACAAGGAAUCAUUCAAUAAACUUCGAUGCCUCUGAUCCAGAUAUUGGUUUAGAUGCUCGUCUCCGUGAACUCGGCCCUGUUACACCUUCGCCUACUCUUUCCAAUUCUUCCACAUUCAACAAAGUCUCAGGACAAGACCCUACCACAUCCAGCAGCAACUUCGUCCCUUCUGCUUCCACACCCUCACAAUCGAUUUAUCCAACCACAAGCAAUCCUGCAAUUUCGCUACUGACGGCAAGAUAUAGAAUAGCAGAAGAAGCAGAAAAGGACUUUGAGAGGAUUGGUAAGAAGGGAUUUCAGGGAAGGAAGUAUUUAGAUGUUGCGACUAUUCGAACGGUGCUAGUAUAUAGAUCUGAGGGCAUGCCUGAUGCGGAAAUUGAGAGGAGAUUGGAACUAAGGAGUGGAAUAGUAAAGAGUUUAGGAGGGAGAGUAGUGAGUGUGGCAGGAUUAUAA